UUUUCAACUCUCCAAUCGACCGCAAGACAUGGAUGUGUUCUUAAUGAUCCGGCGUCAGAAGACGACCAUCUUCACUGACGCCAAAGAGUCCACGUCUGUGUACGAGCUGAAGCGCAUCGUGGAGGGCAUCCUAAAGAGGCCACCCGAGGACCAGAGGCUCUACAAGGACGACAUGGAACUGGAUGACACUCAGACGCUCGGAAACUGUGGCUUCACCAACCAGACGGCGCGGCCUCAGUCGCCCGGCACCGUGGGCUUAGCUUUCAGGCUCAGUGAUGAUUCAUUCGAGCAGCUGAGGAUGGAGCCCUUCUCUACCCCCCCGGAGCUCCCGGACGUCAUGAAGCCACAGGACUCGGGCAGCACAGCCAACGAACAGGCCGUUCAGUGAGGGAGGGGGGCACGGGGGGAAUCCGGGGGCGGGGAGAAUUUGGGGAAGCGGACGACGAGAUCUCCAGCUUGACAGAAGCAAAACACGGGUUGCUGUUAUGUGAGCGAGCAAGCGAGCAGUGCGUUUGUGUGCAUGCUAGAACACAUUGUUACAGCCCAGACUGGUCGCAACACUGUCACCUGCUCAACACCAAGCAUUGUACCUCUUAUUUAAUUGAGUCUCUUUUAUUAAGCUGUUGUUAAGAUGCCUUACUUUACUGUUUUUUUUUUUUUUUUUUUUUUUUUUUACUUUACUGGCUUCAAUGACGGCAUUGAGCAGGAGAGACCUUUUUAUGCUUUUGUUUGUAUUAAACUAUUAGUAACAUUUAUAUUGAUUAAACAAUUAGUCACAUUUCACUCCUUUCUUUGCCCCGGAUAAUUAAAAACAAAUGAAUGGUGAUAAUUUCCUUCAACUAUUGAUCAUUUUAAGCCCAACAAACAAAUGUUUAAGACUAAAUAAAUGUAUGCUUGUAUUCCCCAUUUGAGCCCCACUGUUUACCCCACGAUCUUAACAGGUCCGGUUUUGUUUUGUAUGCUAUUUAAACAUUCAUGCAGAUUUUUCCCCCCUCUCAAAUUAAAAACGAGACACGAAAACGAAAAGUGAGACUUAUAAAUAUUUACGAUGGAUACAUCCACAGCAACAACGAGAUUUAAAAAAAGAAAGAAAAAAAAAAGCAUUUGCAAGGAGUUAACUUUGGGC